AUGCCCACCAGCCCUGAGGCGCUACACGCCUCAUCUGGCAUCCCCCUAUGUAAGAGGCGAAAGAAGGCUGGGGAAGCAGGAGAGGCUCCUCUGCACGAUCAAGCAUCUCGCCCUGCUCUUGGCAGCAGCAACGACAGCAGAUGCAGCAGCAAAACUAGCAACGCUGAUAUCAGCAGCUGUCAUAAGACACAUAGCUCUUUCGCCCCUGCUUCUACGCUGGAUGCUCGAAACUGUACACCAGCGGCAGACCCCCCCGGGGAGCCUGGAGGCCCUGCAAGGUCUCAGUCGCCUACGUCUAACACUUCUGCUCCUCCGGCUGCAAAAUCAGGUGCCAAGGAGGAAAACGCAGCAACCACUACCGCUCUAGCCAGUGCACCAGCAGCGGCAGCAGCAGAAGUGGUAGAUUUCGAUGAGGAUGAGGAUCAAGCGCCUCUCUCUCCCCUACGUGCAGUCCUAAAGAAGUUUUGGGGGUUCGACGGCUUCAGAGAGGGGCAGGAAGAAGCCAUACAGGCAGUUCUGAAGGGGAAUGACGCUCUAGUUAUCAUGCCGACGGGUGGAGGUAAAUCGUUAACGUACAUGUUGCCUGGGCUCUUAUUGGAAGGCGUCGUGCUGAUUAUCUCGCCGCUCAUCGCUCUUAUCGAAGACCAAUUGCGUCGCAUGAAGACACGCGGUCUUUCCGCCUGCUCUUUCAAUUCCACCCUUACAGCAAGACAACGGCAAGAGAUCAUAGCGCAGCUCCUCAGACUCCCCGUCGAAGGGCCGCAGCAGAAGGCCAUAAAGUUUUUGUUUGUAACUCCAGAACAAAUAGUAACGUCCGCCUUCCAAGGUGUCUUGCGGCAACUGCAGCAGCAAAAGCAGCCAAAUGGCCAAGCACAGAGAGGACCACAGCUUCUAAAAGGGGGCGGACGAGGCGUGGCACUUAUUGCUGUCGACGAGGCGCACUGCAUAUCUUCAUGGGGUCACGACUUUAGGGCCAGUUACAGGCGUCUAGGCGUACUGCGGAGUUUGCUGCCGGAGACCCCCAUCUUGGCUUGCACAGCGACAGCAACUGCUGCCGUCCAGCGCGAUAUCUGCAGCAGCCUGCUGCUUAAGGACCCCGUAAUCGUCCGCCUCUCCUUCAAUCGGCCCAACAUAUAUUAUGAAGUUCGGCUCAAGUCCCUCCUGCCCUCCUCUGAGUACACGGACGAAUCAGAAUGCCUUGACCGGGAAGGUGAGACUGAAUUUGCUGCGGCAGACCUUGCUCGCGAGAUUAAAGAGCAUCAUCCUAACGACUUGGGAAUCGUUUACUGCCUUAAGAAGAAGGACUGCGAAACCCUAGCUGCUUACCUGAGCAGCGUUGGAAUACCUGCUGCCGCCUACCAUGCCGGUCUGCCAGAGAAGCGAAGACAGUCUCUUCAGCAGAGGUGGAUGGAGGCCUUUUACCAGGAGUCGGGGCGUGCCGGACGCGACGGGUUGCCUGCGCGAAGCAUUCUGUACUUUUCAAUGCAUGACUUCAACUUGUUGGGGUUUGUGCUGCAACAGCAGCACGAGCAGCAGGUGGCUGCUGCUACGGCAAGCGCGACCGCCGCUGCAGGAGCAGACGGGAAGCAGCUGCAGGGCCGCCUCCAACAAAUAAGGAAAGAGGCAGCAGAGCAGCACGAGCGCCAGAUGGAAAAACUCAAAGCAUGCGUGGCCUUCUGCCGUUUGGUUGGGUGCAGGCGCCGCUACCUUUUAGAGCAGUUUGGAGAAGUCUACGCCCCUGCCGCUGCCACCGUCGCUGGUAUUCCUUCUGGUCGUUGCUGCGACAACUGCAGCGACCCGGCAGCCGCGAAGAGCAGGGCGAAUGCUUUGAGGAGCAGGGAGGUGACUGCGGCCUCGGAAAGAAGGAAACAAAGCUGGCAAAAAGCCUUCGAAGCUCGACCCGCAGCCCUAGAGAUAGAGACGCAAGAUGUGCCUGAUGGCAGCCCCUCCCGAAGCGACAGGGGGGGAUCUUUUUUCGCGGGCCGGCUGCAGCGUGGAGGGCGAGUGGUUUAUAAGAACACUGCAUCAUCGGAGAGGCAGAAAAUUCCCGAAGACAUUCGGAAAAAGGGCCUUUCUGCUGUUAUGAGGGAACUGGAACGGAGGGAAGAGCAACAGGAGACCAGCAGCAGUAACAAGAAGCCCCACCACUCCCUUUUCGCUGAGUUUAGAUCUGCCGCGAAACUCGGCGGAAGCAACUCGCGGCCUGCUACCGCAGCGUCAACACGACCGGCAGUGCGAUCAGACGCGGAAGCCUUGAGGCCUGCAACGCAAUCCUUUAAGAAGACGUUGGGCCUGUGUCGUCCGCUAGGGCUACAGCGAACUCGCCCCUCCCCAUAA